AGUCCGAUUUAGAAGUGCAAAGUUUUUGUUGUGUGUAAUCAGUAGAGAAUUUUUUAAACAAAAUAAAAGGAAAAAGUGUUAUUUAUUAUACAUUCAUACCUGCAAAAGCAAGUGUAAUCGAGAAAAAUGUUGUGCGUUUAAUGGCAGAUGUGUUCGCUUAAUUUCCAUGUAUCGUGUAUUUAAUUCGUAAACUGUUAUUCCACGCUACAUCGUUUGGUUGAUUUUGUAUUUAAGAUUAACUUGAAGAAGUUAAUUUUGUGAAUGAUUUCUGCAAUUUUCAAUGCCAAGAUUGAAAUUAUAAAUCAAUUUUAUGGCGUGUACGCUACCAGAAAAAGGUAAAAUAAAACAAGCGGAAAAGGUAAAAAGAAAAUGAAAGAAAAAUGAGCACUUAGUUUACUUUGUAUCUCUCGUUGAAGUGAAAAAGAGCUAGAAAAUUUAAGUUGGAUUAACAUUUGUUUCAACAGUUUCAAUAUAUUUCUAAUAAAAUACUAUCUAUAAAAUAGAAAAUUUAGUUUUGUCUAAAUAAAUAACGAAGAAGUGAAUUACCUUGUAAAAAAAAGGAGUGUCGUGCGUUGUACGGGAAAAUUGCUAACGAAAGCAAAACAAAACGAAACGCAAGAGAACUAAAUGGAAGACAAACAAUAAUAAAGGGGAAAUACAUAAACAAUUGAGAAUAUUGAUGUAUUAUUGGUUUUCGUUUUCGCACAAUAGUACGUGAAGCUAAUUGCGCAACGUUGGCUUAUUUGGACAACAAUAAAACGGCACGUACAUACACAUAACCACUGCAACCGUAUUUACAACAACCACACCGUAGAGAAGACACUUGACUAUUAUGCAUUGACAAAAGUAUGGACUCAUUACACAUGACGAGUACUGCUGGUGGUAGUGGUACACAAUUAUCGUCAUUACACUCAACAGCAACAACAGCAACGAAUCUAGUCGCAACAACGCCAGCGAAAGAUCAUUAUAAUAACAAUUUGUUGUUGCUAAGUCGAGUCGCAGGAAGCGGACAGUUGCGCACAAGUAGAUCUCCAUCGGACACACGCAGUUCCGAACAAACCAUCCAAAAACAAUUACAAUACACGCAUACGCUCUCACGCACGCACUCACAUGCACACACAAGCUAUCGAAAGAAAUAUAAAUAUCUAUAAAUUAGAAGAAGAAGAAGAAACAGCAUUACUACACACGCAAGCACAUCCGCCCGCACGCUUAACGCUUGCUUUUUAACUUCAAACGCAAACAACAAACAGCUGAGACAAGGAUAACAACACUGAAUUAUAACUACUAUACUAUAUAGAGCAUUGACAACAAACAAUACAUUAAGAAUCAAAUAUAUAAAAAAAAACAAAAAUAUAAUUAUAAAAAACAACAACAACCAGCUGCUUCUUCAUCGUUAAUAUCUGCAUAGCUGCUGUUAGUAUUGCUAUUAUUAUUGUUGUGUUACCUGUUGUUGUCACCUGUCGCCAGUACAUUUGGCUACGCGCGCCCAAUGAAGCGCCAAAUUAAACCCAAACGUAAAAACUGAAUAAUCUUAGAAAACUGAAAAUACAAAAGCAUAAACUUAACUCUAUUUUCAACAUUUUACUUCAAAUCGAUAUACAACAACAACUAAAACAAAACAACUAAACUACAUCGAUCCAAACGACAAAUCUGGUCUUGUGCGACUCUCACGUGUGUUAAUUGGGCACUUCGCGUUAUCCUCCCAUUCGACUGCACCUCUUACAAUACCGCUUCGUUGUGCGCCACAGUGUCACGCGAACGAAGUAAUCGUGGUGACAGCAUCGAUUCGGCGGGCCAGCACGACCGUUUGGCUCUCAGUGGCACAGCGUUAUCAGCAGUGACGUCCUCAACGGCCGGAUCGACGGUGGUCGGCACCACCGGCACACUGGGCGGUGCCGGGGCAUCGGGCACCUCGCUCGCGACGACCACAUCGACGGGCGGUGUCAGCAGUUACGGCAGCAGCACUAUGACCGGUUGUAUCGGCAGCGGCAACAGUGGCGCCACUGUCGCCACAUUUCGCGGCUUCCGUAGCCACUCGCCGUCGAGUCGACGCAGUCGUGAACGCAGCCGUCGCGAGUUCCAGCGUACACACGGCUCCGAUCAGGGCGGUCUGUUAGCCUACAGCGGUUUGAGUGGCUUAAGUAUUGGCGGAAUCAGCAGCGGCGUUGUUGGAAUCGGUGGCGGUGGCGUCAGCGGCGGCGGCUUCAUUGUGGGCGGUGGUGAUGGUAGCACUCUGGAUGGUAUGGGCGGCAUUGGUGCCGAGGACUCGCGUCUAUCAGGCAACGAGGAUCUCUGCUAUCAGUCCUUCGCUUCCGACGAACAGGAUGGCACACAAGUGGGCGCGGAUGGCAGCAAGAAACACCAUCGCCGACAUGAACGUACCUCUAGCCUGCAAGCUCUCGAUCGUCUCAACACAAAAAUCCAAUGUACAAAAGAGUCAAUACGAAAGGAGCAAACAGCCCGAGAUGAUAACGUGAAUGAAUAUUUGAAGUUGGCGGCCAGUGCUGAUAAGCAACAAUUACAGCGAAUAAAGGCCGUUUUCGAGAAGAAAAAUCAGAAAAGCGCACACAGUAUUUCGCAGCUACAAAAGAAACUUGACAACUACACGAAGCGGGCGAAAGAUCUAACCAAUCAUCAAUUCGCAAAUAAAAGUCAACAUCGCCAGCCGCGUGAGGUGUUACGCGACGUGGGCCAGGGCUUGAGAAAUGUCGGUGGCAAUAUACGCGACGGUAUUACCGGCUUUUCCGGCUCCGUGAUGUCUAAGCCACGUGAAUUCGCCCAUUUAAUUAAGAACAAAUUCGGUAGCGCUGAUAAUAUUAAUCAAAUGUCAGAAACUGAAAUCAACAACAUUAACAUGCCCGUCAAUGCUGAACUGAUUGGCAGUUCGACGCCGAAUAAUAACAUAGCGGCCACCUCCACCGGUUCGGGUAAUACUGGAGGCGCGGGUAGCGGUAAAUUUAAUAGCGAUAACGGUAGUGAAUGCAGUAGCGUCACCAGCGAGAGCAUACCAGCCGGCUCUGGCAAGAGUCAAUCAGGCGCGAGUCAAUAUCAUCUUGUGCUUAAAUCGCUGUUAACCGAAUUGGCUGAGCGUAAAGAUGAAAUCGAGAAACUAAAAGAGCGCGUUGAAAGACUAGAGACAGCACAAAAGGAAUUAAACAAUUUAACUGCAACGCUAGAAGGAGAACGUUACCGCGCCGAAAGUUUAGAGGAGCAAAUUAACGAUUUAACCGAACUGCAUCAGAAUGAAAUCGAAAACCUAAAGCAAACAAUUGCGGAUAUGGAGGAAAAGGUGCAAUAUCAAAGUGACGAGCGACUGCGCGACGUUAAUGAAGUACUGGAAAAUUGCCAAACCCGGAUAUCCAAAAUGGAACAUUUAUCACAACAACAGUAUGUGACCGUCGAGGGUAUAGACAAUUCGAAUGCACGAGCGCUUGUCGUCAAGCUCAUUAAUGUCGUUUUAACUGUAUUACAAGUGGUACUGUUAUUGGUGGCGACGGCGGCAGGCAUUAUAAUGCCGUUCUUGAAGACGAGAGUGCGCGUGCUUACGACAUUCUUGUUCAUAUUCUUCAUUAUAUUUGUGAUACGACAAUGGCCGGAUGUGCAAGACAUCGGCGCUGGACUGAUGCGACAUUUAAAGGAAUCACUGGUUGUCAAAUGAAGUAUCUAAAUGGCGCGCUUGUAAACAAACAAAGCAUAAACCUAGACAUAAGCACACAAUAAAAGCGAAUUGGGAAGAAUAAAAAAUAAGGUGGCAGCAGACAGUAACGGCAGCAUUACAUAUGUAUAUGCUUGUGAAUGUACAAGUAGCAGCAAUUAGUUAUACAAAUUUUGUUAAUUUUGAUUAGCUGUUAGUGUCAUUAGAGAAAUAUGGAAACAAUUUGCAAAUAAAUUACAAUGUUAAAUACUAUUAUAUAAUAUAAUAUUACAAAUAUAUAUAGAGUAACGCUAUAAAUUAGGCCUAAAAGCACCCGUCUUGUAUAGCUGCACUCUACUGAAAGCGUGAGUUAAUGUGAGUGCGCGUUUAGCAAAGAUUUACACGUGUGACAUAUUAAACUAUUGUAUAUUAAUUUUCUGUUUAAGUACGUACAAGAUUAGCGCCACUAUACAUUGAAGAGAGAAUACUCGUAUGUAUUUGGAAAUAUUUUUAUUGGAAUUUCUUUAAAAUACAGCAAAUAUGAACAUAAUGUUGUAUAACAAAUGGAUUAGUUACAGUUUUUGUGGGAAAUGUUAAGUAUAGUCGAAUAUGCACGUACACUUACACCCAUACUCUGGCGCAUUAAUUAAAAUAAUAUUAAUUUUAAAUAUAAUGACUCCAUUGCCACUGUCUAACUGUGCGGCUAAUUUAGUUUUAUACUCAAGUUUAAUACAAAGUUUAAGCUUUAAAUGUUCUUCUGCCAUUUUUUAAUAUCUAAUAUCUCAAAUAUUUUUUUAAACAGUGUGAAAUGCAUUUUUGCGCCAACAAUAAUAACCUCCAUAAACCUAAGUUCUGUAAUGUAGUAAGAACUUUGCAAGCUAUAUACAUUUACUAAUUCUAAAAUUAUUUUCAAAUGUGUGUUACACCAUGCUCAGCUUACGUUUUUUUAUUCACCAAGCAUAAACUUAAAAAUAGAAAAUAGCAAAAUAAAUUUUAUAUUUAAUUAUUUUGACCAAAAAAUCUAUUUAAAAAAAUAAUAAUUAUUAAAUUAAUAUUUGAAAUUGUUCUAAGCAGUCACUUCAAAAAAUAAUAAAAAAAUAAUUUUUUAAAUAUUAAUAAAAAAUGGUAUAAAAUUUAUAAAAAGUUUUGAAAUUCGAAAAUUCUUUUGAUUUUUUUUAAGAGAAUGGAUUAAAUCAGAAAACAAGUACUUAAAAGUUAAAGAAAUAAUAUAUAUUAAUAUUAAAAAAAUUAUUCUUGAUUUUAUUUUUACUUGUUUUUACUAAAUAAUAGUAUUUGUUUUCUCUUUAACUAUAUGCUCUUCAAAAACCAAAAGAGUAUUCAAAUUUACAAAGUUUUGUAUAAAUUUUGCUGCAACAAAAUAUGUAUGUAAUUGGUGAUUAAAUAAAACCACUUAAAUAGACAAACAAGUUUACAAAAAAUCCUAAAUCUAGCUUUUUUCUAUAAGGAAUUCGCAGAGUGUAGCGUUAUUUUGAUAUUCACAAUAUUUGUAUAAAGAAACAACAAACAAACAUUAAGUCGAUAUGUUUGUAUGUGAAUAAAAUUACUAGAGCCUAUUUAUUAAAACCGGCCACGCAAAGGCGCGCAACACACAAACGCAAGCGUUGUUUGAAAGCUAACAAAAUAAAAAAAUGUAAAAGGAUUAUCAGAUUUGAAAGUAAACCACAUACACACAUACAUUGUUAAUGCGUAAGUUGCUUUUUUACAUGUAUAAAUUACUAUGGUGGCUACUAUGGUAUUUGACUUGAAUGAAAAUACAACUAAUUAAAAUAGGAAUAUAUAUUUUUUUUAUAGCUAUUUGAGCUACAUUAGUUUAUAUUUUAAUAUUGUAUAUUAUGUACGUUUAAAUAUGUAAAACUUUGCGGAUUUUAGUGGAGUUUCCAUAAUUUUAUUUGAUAGAGGUUAAUUAUAGCAAAUAUUAAUUAUGCCUAAAGCAUUAAAUUUCACUAUGAUAGUGUAAUUUUCGAGCGUAAAUCAGCUAAAUAAAAAAAACAAAUAAGCUAUUAUACAA